AUGAAAGAUCGGCGAUAUGAAGGAAGCACAGCUCUCGUCGACUGGGUUCGUGGGGCAUUGCAGCUUGGUCAAAACUCAACUCCACCUCCUCCCAUCGAGCGGCUCGAUGAUCUCGCCUCUACUAAGAUUGCUCUCAGACUAUUGGCCGACAUGGACCCGGAGUACUUCAAAGCAUCGAUGUCGGAUGCUGAGUUAAAGUCGAAUUUAUCGCGGUUUUUUGAGGAUGUAAGGAGCGGCUGUUGCUCGAGAGAGGCGAUGGCUCAGGACUUCGGCAAUCCUGUGCCACCAAGAACCUUCGAUCGGGCCUUGCAGGAUCCGGAGAAGCUAUACAGCUUAGUACUUGUGGUGGCUGCAAAAUGCCCACGCCAUGAGGAAUAUAUCACACACAUGAUGAGCCUGCCAGAAUCAGUACAGGGAUAUAUAAGACAGCGUAUCACUUGGGCAUCGCAGCUGUGCGAUAGCGGUGCUCCUGGUACGGGUUCGGAGGAGUCUGAUGAGGAACUCGAGUAUAAGAGGCGACAUCGGAAGAAGAGCCCUGAAGGCAGCCUGAAAGGCCAUCGCGAUGGGAGAGGAGCCUCAACUAAAUCGAAGGAUAGUCGUUCUUGGCCUCGAUCAGGAGAGAUGAAAGUGGCUAUGGCUGCCAGCACAGCUGCGGCCGCCAACGCUUCGCUGUCGCAGCAUUUGAUCACUUCUCUGCAGGAGGAAGUAGAGCGCCUGCAAGGCGAUAAGAUUCGACUAGAAGAGUCUCUGGUAGAGGCCCGAAAUGAGCUCCAGAAGGGGCACCAGGCACUACUGGAUACUAGUCAACACAACGAGGAGAAGGGUUUGGAGAGAGAGGAAGAGUUCGAACGCGAGCUGACUAAAAUGGCUGGGGAAAAGGCUGCAUUGGAGCGAAGACUAGCUGAGGAGAAGACUAGGCAUGAGGAGGAGACUAAUAGAUUACGGAAGGAUCUGGAAGGGAAGGCGGAGACUGCGGCGAUGGUGCCCGGCUUGGAGAGAAGUGUCACAACACUCAGAGAACAGGUGGCUGAGAUGGACUCGUUGAAGGAGCGUAACCGGAGUCUUACUAAGAAGGUUGCCGACUUCGAACAGCUCGUCGCCUGCGCCUCAGCAGGAGAGAGUGACAAGUUGGCAUUGGAGACGCUGAAGCAGGAAAAUAGGGGUCUGAAGUCGGAGUUGGCCGAGAUGAGGGCAUGCAAGCAGUCACUCCAGGAGGACAGUGACGUUGCGGCUGGAAAUUUGGCGGCGAUACGAGAGGAGUUGGGUAGAACGAAGGAGGAGUUGCUAGCGGCCAGAGCUGCAAUGAACGAGAAUUCGGCGAGUCUUGGAGAUGCGUCUGGGGCGGCUUCAAAGGAGGUGUUAACUCGGCUCGAGCGAGAAAAUGAGACACUGCGUGAGUUUGCUGAGGCUAAGGAGCCAGGUUCUUCUAUGUUGGUCACUCGGAUUAGCAACUUACGAGAAGAGAAUGACAGGUUGGGCGACGCCCUUGGGAAGGCGCUGGAUCAGGUCAGACAGUUGGAGGGAGAAGCUCAGAAAACUGAUGUCGCAGCGGAAAGUAUGAGUUCAGCUCGAGUGGAGAAGUUGACGGACGAGCUCCUGGCGGCCAAGGACACUAAUUACACCCUGAAAGCUGAGCUGCAUAGCAUGCAAACUCAGCUGGCCGUUAGGGAGAAGGAACUCGAGUUGGCUACGGCUAGAGGAGAUGGAGGAGGUAUCGCCACGGAGGAGCGAGUCCGAGAGCUGGAGGCUCAGAAUCAGGCAUUAGUUGACCUAAUGCAGACUUUGAAGGAGCAGAUCAUCAUAAGGGAGGAAGAGACGCAGAUUUACAGGCAGCAGCGACAUGAGGAAUCAGAGAGCCAGAGGAAGGAAGAGAGGCUCUUGGUUACUGCCCUUUACGAGCUCGGUUUGAGAUUCGUGUGUGACCAGUAG